AUCAUGUUGAUCGUACUGUUCUCAUUUCUACUGUCUGUUUCUAUUACACUGCAAGUAAUGCAAAUCGAUUUCGAACGAUUAGAGCAACUGGCAGGAUUCGAUAUAUACAACAGUUCCCUUCGUGUUCGUAAGUACAAUCGAACGGCGGUUGCACUCAACGGUACAAUACAUCUGUUGGUACCACUUAAUGAAAGCAUCAUGGUAACGUCAGAUUUCUUCCAUAGCAGGCUUAGCAAUCAGCAGUUCAAUCACUAUCCAGUAAAGUUUCCUACCCAACAGGUGUGCAAGUUUUUGGAAAACUUUUAUACAGACUACAGCGAGUAUGUUGACGAUUUUGAGAACCUACCGGCGAAGGGCGAAUGUCCGAUUAAACCUUGCAAAAUCGACAUACUCAACAAACCGUUUCCAGCCAAAGCGGUACCUCCAUUUUUCCCAUCGUAACUAUGGAAGGCACAAAUCAAAUUGACGCUGAACGACGUUGAGAUAUCGCGGUUUGAGCUGAUCACCAAGGCUAGGAAUGAUUUGGGAAUCUGAUCGCACCAAUCAAAUAAUUAAAAUGCACAGUAGCAAAUGUACAGUAUUUGUCAGUCAAUUACGCACACUUCCAGUUUUGUUUGAGUUUGAUGCAAAAACAUCUGUUGUUUUUGUCAUAAAAUUGUUGAACGAAUUGUUUUCCA